AUGGCCACUUCACAUGAGCACGUCAGCGAGACCACACGCCUGGUGGAAGAUUCUCACCAAAAUGUCGCCGCUACACCAUCCCUCAUGUCACCACCGCGAAGCAAGACUCCACCCACAAUCACCGGAAAGCGCACUCGCACACAAACCCAGGCACGGAACGAAGCACAUGAUGCGGGUCGCAGUGGCAGCGAACCUGUGAGUGCGACGGCGCUGAACAAGCGGCUAGAGGAGGUUGAAAGAAUGGGACAGAGGAGAGUCAGCACACCCACCGCGAGUCCGAGUCGCAAGAGGCAAAAGCUGCAGGCCGGCGACCGCUUCAUACCCAACCGCAACGGCCAGGAUCUGACAGCGAGCUACAACCUGUUACACGACGAAGGAUCACCGGCGACUUCGGCCAGAUCGAAGAAAGUGCCAGGCGACACACACUUUCAGAAGCGUGAGGCCAACCGUGCCUACUCGUCGAUAUUGCGCUCCGAGAUGUUCAACGACGAGGUGCCCAACAUCAUCAACGAUCGCUCAGGCUCGAGGGCGCAGACACCGCCUGUGACGUCUUCUGGUGCUACAUCCAUACUCUCUGGCACGACUCUUACUCCAUCAACGCCGCAUAAGAACCUCUUCUCAUACGGCCCCACCGCGCCAGUCUCGUUGACUCCUCGAUCGAUCUCCCGUAGCGAACGAGGUCCCAAUAUCAACGCCAGAUCAGAAAUAUACAGUCUUUCACCCGUGAAACACUCAUCGCAGUCAAUGCUCCUCUCACCACGCAAGACUCCUCGAGCGGUGAGCAAGGUACCAUACAAGGUCUUGGAUGCCCCAGACCUGGCAGACGACUUCUACCUCAAUCUGGUGGAUUGGGGCUCGAACGAUAUACUCGCUGUGGGCCUCGGUCCUGCGGUUUAUCUGUGGAACAGAGAGACCGGGAGGGUGACUACGCUAUGCACGCUGGACAGUGACACUGUCACCAGCGUGAGCUGGAUCCAACGAGGCACACAUCUGGCGAUCGGCACCACGAAAGGUCUUUUGCAUAUUUGGGACACGAACGCUCAAAAGCGAUUACGAACCAUGACUGGUCAUUCUUCGCGAAUCAGCAGCCUUGCGUGGAAUGCGCACAUUCUCUCAACAGGCUCCCGCGAUCGUACGAUACUGCACCGUGAUGUGCGAUUACCAGCACAAUACCUUCGACGGCUUACGGGACACAAGCAAGAAGUCUGCGGUCUCAAAUGGAACUCAGACACCGAGCAGCUGGCAUCUGGUGGCAACGACAACAAGAUCUUCGUCUGGGACAAGCUAGACGAGAGGUGGCAGCACCGCUGGGGCGAGCAAGAGGGUGGACACAAGGCUGCGGUCAAAGCCAUCGCCUGGAAUCCGCAUCAGCGUGGAGUGCUGGCAUCUGGCGGCGGCACAGCAGAUCGCUGCAUCAAAUUCUGGAACACCGUUGCGCCUGCCCAUUCAUCGACAGUCCGCAGUAUACCUCCCGAGCAGACCAACCUAGGUCUAGGACUCUCGACAUCGCCCUUGCCCGAGGCUCCGCUGACGCCGCAAAUCCUCAACCCUCAUCUCAUCAGCUCGCACGAUACUGGAAGUCAAGUCUGCAAUCUGCUGUUCUCGCAGCGAACAUCCGAAUUGGUCAGCACGCACGGAUACUCUCAGCACGCUAUCAACAUCUGGAAAUAUCCGAGCAUGAACCAAGUCAUCAGCCUUACUGGACACACUUACCGAGUGCUAUACUUGAGCAUGAGCCCAGACGGCGCUAUCAUCGUAACAGGCGCUGGCGACGAGACCCUCCGGUUCUGGGACGUCUUCGCAAAGCCGAACAAGGAGGCGAAGCGCGGUAUCGUGGGUGAGUGGGGCGUGAUUCGAUAG